AUGAAAGUUCAAGUGCUACAUGAUGCAAUUACUUUUAUCAUACUUAUAUUAAGUAUUAAGAUCUCAGAUGAAUGUGCGGAGCAAUUACAACGAUGUGCUAUAAUAACAGAAGAAUAUGAACGUCUCAUACAAGAAACCAAACAUUCUGCAUUUCGAAAUUGCUUCACCAAACAAAUAUGUAAUUAUGAGUUCGAAUUGUUCGAGAAUUGUUUUGAACGAUCGAUACGUGCAGUUCGUGCUUCAUUCAAUCAAGAAAUUUUGAAAUCUGAUAAUUUUAUCGAUUCAGCACAUCGAUAUUUAUCUGCAUUGGAAGAUUGCUUUGAUAGUACUAAUCAAGAAGAGCCGGUAGCACAGUUUCCGGAUUUCAAGCCUACUUUAAUUGAUGAAGAUGCAAUUUACGCUCGCACAGUUUAUAGUUUGGAAUUUGUUGAUCAUCUUUGGGGAUUACCUCAGCUAAUUCCGACUUAUCCAUAUCUCGAAAAUUCGGCUACAUUAGCAUGCUUAAUUAGGGAAAAAGCAGGACGAAUAUUUGGUAGCGGUAUUAAUAGAUUUAUCGAUUCAGCUGAUUUGAAAUUAAAUAAUGCCAGCGAUUCUUGCCUUCUGGAAGAAAAUGAAAUACAGUGUUAUCGUCGACAACUUAGUAACGAUAGAUUUUAUCAACAACUAUUAAUUUUUCGAGAUCAUGUUCUCAGAUCAUGUAUUCGAAGUGUUCGUUUGCAAACGCAAUGUCAUUCAACCGAUGCUUCUCGACUUCGGGCUUGUCUUUGUAGCGCUCGUGAAGAGUUUGAGAAUCGUAUUCAAGCAUCUAUAUUGCAAUGUGUUCGACAAAGUCAUGUGGAUCACCUACGCCACGAGCGCCAACAAUCACAACGGCAAUGGCACGAGCAACGAAGUGAAUACUCCAAUAAACUUAUUCUAAAUACCGGAACGAUAUGGAAUGGUCAAUGUCUCUGCGCUUGUCCACAUAGCAAACAGAUGCCAUAA